UCAGACUAAAAUGUAAAAAUCUCUCGAUGUAUUUAUAAUUUUUACUCUCUAAUUGUAAUAUUAGCGUAUAUAUAUAAUCGUUUCGAUGGCAGAUUCUGUUUGUUCUGAUAGAGAAGCAGAGGUAAGAUGUGUACCUCCACCUCGUAUGAUGCCGGAGAACCAGUUUUUCAACCAAGCCACUUUCAAUUUAGCCAUGAACCAGUACCGGGCCAUGGAGUUCCUUCAGCAGCAAAAACAGUACCAGAUUAAAGUGGAGCCAGAGAUGAGUUUUUACAACUGCCAAAACGAGGAGAGUGAAGAUGAAAGCAGUAGUGACAAAUCCGACCGCAACUCUCCCACUGCCUUGACAAUCGACGAACAACCGCCCUCCAUUGAUACCAACAGUACAAAGAAAACACAAAUAUGCAACGUGUGUGGCAAGAUCCUGUCUUCCCCAUCGUCCUAUUAUGUCCACAUGAAAAUGCACUCAGAGAACAAGCCGUUUGCCUGCACCAUGUGCGAGGCUAGUUUCUGCCGUAAGCCGUACUUGGAGGUGCACAUGCGCACGCACACAGGAGAGAGACCUUACCAAUGUGAGAUCUGCCAAAAACGCUUCACCCAGAAGAGCAGUCUCAACACGCACAAACGUGUACACACUGGGGAACGUCCAUACUCUUGCGAUAUUUGCAAUAAAAGAUUCGCUGUGAAGAGUUAUGUCAACACCCAUCGCCUCAGUCAUGUGGGGGAUCGUCCUUUGGCGUGUGACCGGUGUAGCGUUGUCUUCACCUCUAAGGUUCACUACACGGAACACAUGCGGACUCACGCAGCCAGACACAUGUUCGGCUGUAAUGUCUGCGGCCGCACCUUCGCCAAGGACAGCUACCUCAUCCGUCACCACAACAGGGUGCACCGCGGCGACGGAGCCGUACCCAUGGCUGUACCUGCGGAACUCAACAUGGCCGGGUUUGAUAUGAGAAUGAGAACCAAUGCAGAAGAAAUCAGGUUACAAGAUAUUUUUAGGAUGAAACCAAUGCAAGACCUCGGAAUCCCAGAUUACCUCAGAAUGAAUCCCGAGACGGAAAUAGUUCCAUCGGUGCAAUGCUUCAAAGUCAGAGAGAGUAUGGUCGAAGAGAAACCAGUUGUUGAAUGCUUCCGGGUGAAAAUCAAUCCUGAGAGGAAAGUUGCCGCAGAAUGAAAUAAUAUUGAUAAGCUAAAUGGAAACAUAGGGUUCUCAUUGUAGUUUAAAUGCUUGCUGGAGUGUCAAAAGUAAGUAAAUGGCUUAAGUGAAGAUGUACUUUAUACAGGAAAAGUAGUGUGUGCUAUCGUUCUUUUUUUAUAAUUUGGGAUCAGCUUGUUUUUUUUCUUUUUGUUCCAUAAACUAGCUUACCAUUUAAUUUAUGUAGGUCCAUAGCUUCAAAGUUAUAUUUAGUUGAUUAUUUAUUUAGAGCUACUAAUACUGAUAUUUUAGUUUUAUACAGAAGAACAACAGUAAGAGAGUAAGGUAAAAGAUUCUAGUCAAAGCAACUAUUCGUUGUGUAAAACUAAUGACUGAUAAAUUACUCUAUACCAAUGUAUAUACUAUAUAUAAAAUUAGUGUUUGUAGUUAAUGUACUAACAGUAAGGGAAUUUAUUGUUGUAAUAUAUCUUAUGUAUAUUGUCAAAAAAUAUUUUUGUGGAAUGAAUACCGAUUAUUAUAUUUUAGUAAUAUAACUUUUGUUCACAAUGAAUAAUGACAGUCAAAGAGUUUUUAUCAUUUCAAUUUUGUAUUUCCAUCAAGCCUAGUUAGAGUCAGUAAACUAAAAACUAAACUCGGGCAUAUAAUUCCUGAUUUUGCAAAAAAAAUUCUGUGACCGCAAUCAUUGACUUUUGGAUACUGAUGUUCCAUUAAUAGAGUAGAUUCCCUCUUAUCCGAACACCUUUUAACCGGACUACACUCGACAAGAAGUGGAAAAUAUUUAAACGACUGUUCUUGUGGGAAAGAUUUCAGACCAGUGAUCACGUUUCUAAAUGUAUUGUUCUUGUAAGUAAAAUAUUUGGAUUAGUUCUCGUGUUAAUCCAAAUUUUUAGGGAUGUCGGUUUAGCCGGAAAACCCAUUAUCCGGACUUGCCCUUGGUCCCGAGUAGUCCGGAUAAGAGGGAGUCUACUGUAGUCCAGGGUGCAAUUGAGCGUGCCCAUGUUUCUCAGGAACUUCCUAUUUUUGAUAUUUUGUGAAAUUUGUACUAAGAAAUAAGACGAGAUUCACUGCAAAUAACUUCCUUGAUGGUGAAUUAAUUUUAAUAUUUCAACCCUUUAAGCCUCAUAGUCAUUAGAAACCAUAAACAACACGACUAAUCCAUUUAGGGUCUGACUUAGGGGAGGUACAAAUGAGGCAUUUAGUUCAAAAUUCCUCAGUGAACAGCGCUGUAGUAAAAAGCACUUUGGCAA